AGAAGACAAGCAGGUGCUUGCCAGAAGAGCUGCUGGAAAGAAGUUAAAGGCUCCUGAGAGAUCUGACAGCAGACAGAGGAGCGGAGCUGACUGUCCAGAGCUGACUAGGAAGAAGCAGAAGAAGCAAGCAGCAGAUAGGAACAAGCAAAUAAUGUCAAAGCAAAGGAUAGAGUAAAGGAAGAAUAAUUAGAUGUUGGCCUAAGCUUUUGGAUGUCCUGAAAGAGGUGGAGUUUUCCUUUUCACUGGCAGAGGAAUUUAAAAUUACAGGGCAAACAGGAAAGCAAGAUGGAAAUAUUUCAUAAACACAAGAGUGAAGGUAAGAUCCGAAUUUCUCGUGAGCUCUCAGAAGGGGAAAAAUUAGGAACAAGUAACAGAAAGGUGCGGGUAAAGAAAUGCCUGGAUAGCCUUGGGAUUCCCUGUAAUCUGGAUGAUGUGCCCAAUAUCGCCAUCCUGGGAGCUGGUGGAGGUCUGCGGGCCAUGAUCGCCCUUCAUGGAACUCUGCAGGAGCUACAAAAGCAUGGUCUCUUGGACACCAUCAUGUACCUGUGUGGGGUCUCAGGUUCCACUUGGUGUAUGUCAUCUCUCUACAAAAAUGGGGACUGGGCAGAGAAAUUGCAGGCCUUGGAGGAAAGUAUGUGUGCUAGACUUUCCAAAUACACCUGGAGCAUCCCAAAGGCAACGAAAAUGCUACUCGAGGCAGCUAAAGAUGAAAAUUACUCCCUGACUGAGUUCUGGGCCUACACUGUGAUCUAUGGAAUGUUACAUGAGCUGGACAAGGGACACUUGUCUGAGCAGCGGAGUGCUUCUGAGAACGGACAUAACCCCUACCCCAUCUAUGCAGCAGUGGAUGAGCAAAGUUUUUCCAAAGUAACUGAAUACUCUUCAGCAUCCUGGUUUGAGUUCACCCCCCAUGAAGCCAGCUUCCUUGGCAAUGGAGCAAGUGUACCCAUGGAAUACUUUCGAAGUGAAUACAAGAAUGGGGAGCUAAAGAAUCAGAAAGAAGAGAAAAGCAUGAGUUACCUACAAGGUUUGUGGGGAAGUGCCAUUGGCAGCAAAACAGAAAAUGAAAAAGUAAUAAAAGAUAUAUUCUUUGGCUUCUUUAAGGGAGAAAAAGAAUCACAUUCACCAUCUAAAAAAAGUUGUCCAGAAGGAAUAGUCAAGGGGUUUCCAGCACUCACCAUUGAACCUGAACCUGGUGAUAUAGAAGGCUCAUUGCAGCGUGAGCCAGCAGGAGCUUCACCAGGUGGCUUUUCACCAGGUGACACAUCUAAAUCUCUAUCACGAUCCCUUCACUUACAGGCUCUCAAGCAAACUGCCAAAAACUGUAAAGAAAACUGCAUCCCAUUUCCUGAGAUAGACGAGAAAUUGCUCCAAGAGCCAGAUAACCCCUCUGACUGCUACAUCUUCAGAGGAGAGGGUGCACCUACCGUCAUGUACUUCCCACUUUUCAACAAAGUGAAUUGUCCGGCCUAUGUGACAGAAUGGAGAAUUAGAUUCACCCCAGUUCGCUGUCUCUAUCAUGUGGGAGACAUCACCAAACUCUUCCAGUCAGCAAGACUGAAUGUGUCAAACAACAAAGACAAGAUCUUUCAAGGGAUCAAAUACAUUGUGGCUCACUCCAGCAAGAAGGGAAGCUCUUGAGAAGAGUUUCUCAUCUAUGCCCUGCAUACAUUAAAGCCACCCAGUAGAUUUUGAGAACUACAGAAUUGUCACGUGGCUGGAAAAUGUCAUUAUUUGGGAUCACAGUGGGGAGAGAAGUCUCAGCUUCUGCUAUGAAAGCACUAGUACCUAGCUCGUAAGUUAACCCCUUGAGUUGACUGCACUUUAGUUCAGCAAUUCUGAUUCUGCGCAUUAGUCAAAGAAAAAUUCUUUCUUGGUAUAAAUCAUUUUUUGCUUCCUGUUGUGAAUUAUUGCUCAAUCAGUCUCUGCUCUGUAUGAUGACAGAUGCCCUUGUCUCCUGAUGCACAAUUCACAUUCAAUCAAUAAAGCCUAUAAAAUCAAACCAUUUGCAC